AUGUCAUUUGGCCCACCAACUACUGACAGCUAUUUUAUUUAUGAAGAAGAAAACCCCACUCCAUAUAUCGUUCAGGAAGCCGUUCCUACAUCUAGCAUCAAUGACUGGAAUGGAAAAGAGUCAUUAAGCCAGGACAAACAUCACGCCAGCUGCAACAGUUGCAAUCCGGAGAAUACGCAAAGUGGCAUGAGUACAAAGAGUUGCCAUAAUGAAGUUACUGUUCAUCCGGAAAUAGGUGCAGUGAUUUCAACUGAUUCCACGAUCAUCCAGAUUUCCUACAGAAGGGAAGUCCCCAAACCUGCCGAGUUGUACUUAUCCGGAGUAUUAAAAGAAGAGUGUGACGAAGAUGGCGAGGAUUUAGCACUUCCAAGUCCAGGAACACUCAAUGACAUGAUGUCGAAAAUUCAGAGUUAG